AUGAAACUCUCACUCCUCCUCCUCAGCGCAGUUUACACUGCAACAGCGAGUGCAACUCCAACUACAGCUGCAAAAGCAGCAACCCACGUAAUCUACUCCUACCCCGGCGCCUCCCCCCCAGCAAGCCUCCUCUCCCUCGUCUCCUCGGGCAAAGUAGGGGGCAUCAUCCUCUUCGGCGAAAACAUCGAUGCCAACCUGCCCUCCACCAUCGCCAACAUCCAAAAAACCUACGCCUCGUCCCCAGACUACAAUGGCACCCCGCUGCUCAUCAUGACCGACCAAGAAGGCGGCAAAGUACGGCGUCUUCCCGGUGGUCCGACCCUCUCCGCGAAGCAGGUCGGUCUGUCCUCUAAUCCGGCGUCUACUGCGGGAGAAACAGGCACAGAAGCAGCGACCACACUGGCCAAGUACGGCGUGAAUGCGAAUCUGGCGCCUGUGCUGGGCGUUUAUCGCUCGGCGGGGGACUUUCUAGAUGAGUACGGCCGGUCGUAUGGGAAUACUUCCGAGCUGGUAGCUUCCUGCGCGGAAGCCUUCAUUCGCAGCCAGCAAGGACAGAAAGUGAUUGCUACGGCGAAGCAUUUCCCCGGUCUGGGGGCUGCGGGGGCAGAUGCGAAUACGGAUCUGGUCCCCGUGAGGAUUGACCUCGGGCUGGACGAGUUGCGGCGGGUGGAUGAAGCGCCGUACUCCGCUGCGAUUGCAGCGCGGGUGGAUAUGGUCAUGGCGUCGUGGGCGGUGUAUCCUGCGUUGGACGAGAAGCCGGCUGGGUUGAGCGAGAAAUGGAUUCAAGGAGAACUGAGACAAAGGCAUCGGUUCAAGGGCGUGACCAUCACGGAUGCGAUUGAGGCCGGGGCGUUGAGCGCGUAUGGCGAUGAUGCGGCGAGGGGCGUGCUUGCUGCGCAGGCGGGGAUGGAUCUGAUUCUUGCAUCGGCGAGGAAUGUCACGCAGGGUGAGGCGAUAGUGGAUGCACUGACCAAGGCGUUGGAGAACGGAGAGGUGGAUACGGAGGGGUUUGAGGCCGGCACGGCGCGAAUCAUGGCAUUGAGACGGACGUUACACGUAUAG